AUGUCUAAACUUUCUUGUAUUGUCUUUUGUGCGGUAGCAAUGAGGUUAUGUGUUUUCGUUGCGAGCGAGGACGCUAAUUCUAUUUUCCAUGCACCUAUUAAACCCAUAGUAAUAGAUUGUGCAAAAGAAUAUGGACUUAGCGAAGACGAUAUUAAGAAAAACAGGGGUCUGGAUGGAUUGAAAAAUUUACCUCCAUGCUUUAUACGCUGUGUUCUCAACAAACUGGAUAUUAUAAACGACAAAGGUCAAUAUGACGCAGAUUCUGGUAUAGCCACAAUCAAAGGAUUAAUGUCAAAUAAUGAAUACUUGGAAAAAAUAUCAGGAGUUUUGAAAGAAUGCGAGUCAGUAAACGAAAAAUCUGUCAGUGACGGAGAUGCUGGGUGCGAAAGGGCUUUACUGGGAGCCAUGUGCUAUUUGGACCAUAAAACUAUUGUAAGUAAAAUUUUGUUUCUAAAAUGUUGA